AUGUCGAGAUCAUCCAGAAGAAACAGUUAAGCCAUCGGUUCUCUAUUAGAUUAUACAAACUCUGAUGAUACUUAUAAUGUCAAAGCCAUCAUUUACGAAAAUCAUAAUCAAAAUUUGCUAAUCCUUAAAACACAAAAAUUAUAUAAUUCAUCUUUCUUGUUACAACAAAACGAACAAUUAAGUGAAUUGUAUUUUUAAUACAUUUAAGCAUAAAUAGAUAAAAAUAUUCAUACAAAAUAAGAAGUUGAGUAAUGGGUUAAUUAGCAAAAUGAUGAAGGGUUCACAGCAUUGCACCUUGCAGCAUACCGAGGCUCAUUGGUAUUCUUAUUUAUAAUAUUAGAAAACAAUAAAAUUGCUUGAAUAAUAUUGGGCUGAUUACCAAAUCAAAAAUUAUAAAGGUAUUAUAGCUUGUUAUAAAAGAUCUAACGGUCUUACAUACUGCAACUUAAGGAGAUUGCCCAUUAACAAUAUAUUAUUAUCUUAAGAAAGGAAUAUAAGUUAAUAUUGUGGAUAAUAAAGGUUCAUCACCAUUACAUUGGGCUGCUUAUUCUGGUGCAUUCAAUGCAGUAAAUUUUUUGAUCUCAUGGAAUGCUAAUUUAAAUCUUGAAGACACAGAUACUUCUGUCACUCCAUUACAUUUAGCAACGAUGUAAGCGAAUUCUAGAAUAGUUCGGAAACUUUUAAUGAAGAGAGCAGAUCGUUCAAUAAAAGAUUCAAGUGGGAAAACUGCUUUAGACUUAGCAAUUGAAAGCGACUAUAAGACAGUUGCAACAAUGAUUGUAAAUAUUGUUAAUCAACUUUAGCGAGAUAAAAAUGAUAUUCUAAUUUUUUGCAAUGUUCGAUAGUCAUUCAGACCUGUCACUUAAAAGAGGAAUAGUUAGAUUGCCUUUCUAUCUAUGUAUAUGACUUGUUUUUUACUAACAAUAGCGUUCACUUUUCCAUGUAGAUAUCUUAUUUCAAUAGUUAAUACUUGGAGUUAUAAAAACUAAAAUAAAAAAAAGAAGUUUAGUACAAUUUGGAUGUGGAUAUUUUUUGCAUUAACGAGCAUAACUGUUAUAUUUUUCUUUAUAUCCUGUUCCAAAGAUGCUGGAGUAGUAAAAACAGAUAAUAAAUUAGAUAUGUUAUAAACAUUGGAACGAUAUAAUUGUUCAAACAUUUGUGCUGAUUGUAAAGUAUUUUUACAUACACUCAUAGUAGUUGGUUAGACCUAAAAGAUCAAAACAUUGUGAUGUUUGUUAGUAAUGUGUUAUGGUUUACGAUCAUAAUUGUCCUUGGAUAAAUAAUUGAGUUGGAGCAAAGUAAAUAAAUUAUUUAUACAACUAGAAAUCACUUUGUGUUUUAUUUUUUCAUUAUCAGUUUAUUUUUGGAAUUUAUUCUGCAAUUCUUUAUGCAAUUUUCUCAUUAUAAUUUCAAUAUGGUUCAGAGAUGAUUUACAUUUACUGAAGAUUGGCUUUUGA